CCGAAACUUUAUUCAUACUGUGCAGACCAAGUCGACCAGCUUCUUUCGCACCCGGCGCAUGAAGAGCUUGAGCGACCUUUUGCAAACUCUGUCUACACCACCUUCACCGCAAACAUGGGACCGAAAUCAGCAAUGUUCAAGCACGUCGACUCGCAGAACGAUGCACAUGUCUGGUGUGCCAUAACGAAUGGUGGACGGUUCGACUUCAAGAAGGGUGGUCAUAUGGUUCUGUAUGAUUUGAAGUUGAUCAUUGAGUUUCCUCCUGGAUGUACCGCAAUCCUCCCCUCCGCCUCAGUGUAUCACGGUAACACCGCCAUCGGUCCAGAAGAGAGCCGCUAUUCUCUUACCCAAUACAUCAAUGGAGCGGUGUCUCGAUGGAUCCGGCAUGGAUUCAGGCCUGCGAGUGCUUUGACCCGUGCCGAUCGGGAGCGUCUCGAUGGUAGUGCUGAAGAUCGAUGUGAGACUGUGCUGGGUAUGUUCUCGAAUGUUGAUGAACUUGUGAAGGAUCGUGAAUGUCUCAUGUAG